CUUUGGAUUAUUGGGGAAGCUAAUAAUCUGAUUGAGAGUGGAGGCACAUGGAAACUGCUAGUAAAUGAUGCAAUUGAACGACAUAUUUUUGGAAGAUUGACCAGCAACAAGCUUUCUAAUGUCAUGAAGAAGUUAGAAUCAAAUGAUCGGAAAAGUUUCGCUGUUAUUACUCCUGCAUCUUCAGGAAACAUUGCUCAGGAGGCAGGGCAAGAAUGGACGUGGAAUGGAAGACCCGACAAUACAAAAAACAUUUUGGGUUCCCUUCGAGAUCAAAAGAAUGCUCCUGAUACCUGUACGUUGCAGACUACUUUAACAACAACCGAAUCAUUAAAAAAAUUUCAGUAUUCAUGCAUGGAUCCGCCUCAGGAUUUCAUGUGGAAGCUGUGUUUUAAUGACCUGAAGAGUAAAUACAUGAAGGUUGUUGAUGAAGAAAUUGCAGCUGAAGAGAUUGGUGAGAAGAGAGGCAAACAUCGACAAGAGACUGCAUUUGAAAUUGCGAAAACCCAGGGCAUCAUUGGCAGAGACAAAUCUGAGACAGAGGAGCGGGAGAGACUGUUCAAGCUGGAAUCGUAUGAGCGGGUGGACGCAACUCUGACAACAGAUGAGGCCGAGGCGCUGGUGGAGGCGGGGAACAUCAUGGCCUGCAACUUCCGCCUGUCCCGCAACUACUUCGACCUGAGGCCUGGCGAGGUGUACGUGUACGACAGGCUCUGCCCGUACAUCCACGCCAGGUCCGGCAUGCCGGUCUCGCACGCCGUCACGGUGAUCGGCCACGGUGGGCAGGAGACGCGGCUGCAGGGCCCGGUCCGCCAUGUCCACUUCCAGAACAGCGAAGGUUAUCCACAUGACUACUUACUAGAUCAAUAUGUGGUCUUAUCUCCUCUGAGAGGACCAGCGGUAUGGAUACUGGAUGCACUCGCUUGAUGGAUGUUGUACAUGUAUCUUCAACUAGCGUGAUUGGAAGUGUGCUAAUAAAAUACAUGCUCUCCGUAGUCUUGUUUUGUAUUCUCUUUUCAGACGGUUGAUUCAUGUUGCUACUUUGGAUGACCCAUGCGUUCUUCUUUUUUAAUAUUAAUGAAUUCAGUUUAUGCUAA